CCCAUGGUAUGCUGAGGUAAAUUGGCGUGCUACAGUAAUCCCGCCUUACAUAGUGUAGUACACACGUGGACAAAGUAGGAUGAUCGAUGAAGGAAACCAAACCCUUCAAUGGAUAUGCACUUGCAUAUUGAAUCAAAUACGGACCCGACCUCUCGUUGGGACCUUAGCUCGGAACACCGCCAACCGGCAGUUGGUCGGGCAUACAUUGACCCAAACGCUGUUAAAGGGAACCUUCAUCCAAUUUUAUUCAAUUUCCUGACAAUCGGCAUCGGACUGAUCGAACGUAAGAGUGCUUCGUUGUCUAAUAAUCCCCAGAACCCUAUUCCACACCAAGGGCCAGGGAGGUCUGCUGAACAAGUGAGAGUCAUUGUGUCCAAGCGCGGCAGUUUUGAAGACGAAGCGAAACGAGAAACAGCGAAGAAAGGGUCCCAACCUCUGGCCAGUGAACAUACUCAAAACUCCGCGGCGACAAUGCAGGAGGCAUCGCGAUCGCCACUCCAACCUGAUGAAAUGAAGUUGAAUUGUGGACUGAUGCAUCUCAUCGUCCGCAUCACAUCAAGCGGACCGUCUCCGGAAUAUGCCAAGUCAAAUAUCUCUAAGAACCCUAUUCCAUCAUUUUGCGUCGGGGAAGUCCAGGCUGCAACGGAGAGAACUCGGGCCUCACAUGCCAGGAGGGACAGAACAAACCGUUUUUGGUCAUGGGUAGAGAAGAGAGGGGUGUUGCCAGAGUCCCAUGAUGCCCAGAUCUGCGAUAUCAAGCACCGACUAAAUGUUCGAAAGGAGAUGAUUGAAGCAAGUUUGUCUGAGGAGGAUACGGAGGGGCACACAGUAAAACAGUGUGUGUGGGGGGGGGGGCGAGGGUACAGGGGGCGGAGUUGUGAGGGGCGAUCGGUCCCAGCUGGUGUUAAUUAUCAGAAGGGUUAG